ACCCACCCCCACCUCUGUUCUCUAACGUAAUUCAUUAAACCCUUCAAAACCCAUCAUUCAUUUUCAGAUAUCAGUCCCUUUCUCCCUCUUCUUUACUCAAGCACGCCAUAAAGAUACAAGCACAACCCCAGUUGUGAUUGAACUUUAGAUCAAUUCAUGGGGACCCCACUUGCCUCCUAACUUCUUUUUCUUUAGUUUUAUAUACUUGUUAUUUUCUUUUCUUCAACAACAAUUAUCUUUCUCUCAUCACUAAGUCCAUCCUAAUAAGUUUUUAUUGUUUUGUUUGCAUUUUCAAUUCAUUGAUCGGUGGGUAUGUGAAUGCAUUAAUUUGUGCAAUUAUACUAACAGGCUAACACAUCCCACGUGGCUCAUAUAUUUCCUAGAUUUCAUCUUAUUCCCAGCAUCAUGUGAUUAAACAGGCUAUAUUGGUUUUAAAUUUGGAUCCACCAUGCCUCCUUUUGGUGUCAUCAUCAUUGUGAUCUAACCAAUAUCAUGCUUUCCUUCUCUCAAACACCUCGCCAUCAAUCACUUAACAGCUGCCUCCCACUGCCCGUACAUAUUGUGGGAAUUCACUGUGUGUAGAUGCUGGCUAACACAUUUUUAAGGAGCUCCCUUCAUCAUUGUUUUGGGUUCAAUGUGGAAAGUGCUUUAACUAACCAGCUGUGAAGCCUUGUCGGUUGUGUAGUUUACACAACUCCUUCACUCAAAGCACUGCAUUAAGUCCUUCCAUUGGUGGAUCUUUUUUUUUUCUUUUCCCCUUUAAUAGGAAAUCAUUGGUAUGAGUUUCAGCAUUGCUGAUCUUUCUGCCAAUAUCUGUUGGUGUUAGACUUGGACCCUUUUUAUAUAAACCUUCAAUUACAAUGCUUUACUUCCUUAUAUCUUUUGUCUCAUUUCUCAUCCUUUCCAAGUCCUUUACCGGUAAGCCUCUCUCAUCAGGGGAGGGUGGGACCAAACUAGGGGCAAUUGGGUUUUUGGGGAGCCUUUCAAGUUGGUUAAUUUCUAGGCUCAGGAAAGGGAGCACAAGCACCCCUUGUAGUUUUUUUCAGUUUUUUCUUGGCAUGUCAUUGAAAAAGAAGAGUUUGGUGUCUAAGGUGGAGAAUGAGGAAGAGGAAGGGAAGGUUUCUCUCUUGGAUUUGCCUGAUUUGCCAUUGGAGUCUAUCCUCGAGCACCUUUCACCAUCUGAAUUAUGCAGUGUGGCAAGAGUGUGCACAUCUCUGAGGGAUAGAUGUAGAAGUGAUCAUUUAUGGAAGAAACACAUGGAGAGGAAAUGGCGUAAGGUGUUUGGUGAUGCUGCUUAUAGCCAAUGGAAAUGGCAUGUAGCUUCCAUGAACAGAGAGAAGAUCUCCAACCAGCAAAAUCCGAAAGGAAUAUUUGCUUUCAUUCAUGGUGGUUUUCUUCCCUUUCUAUGGAUCAAAGCAAAAUCAGAAAAGGCCACAACACAGUCAAGUAGCUCAUUACCAGAAGAUUCAAUCGGGGCACUAUAUUUUUCUCUUGAGAGUGGCAAAUUUUGGUUCCCAGCUCAAGUCUAUAACCGUGAGAAUGGUCAUGCUGGGUUCAUGCUCUCAUGUUAUGAUGCUCAACUUUGUUAUGACUCGAGAUCUGACACUUUUCUGGCAAGGUACUCACCUCAUGGGAGAUGGACAACUGAGGAAAACAUAAAAUGGGAUCGGUUGAGGGUGCCACCAAUUGCCUCUUCUCCACAUGCCCUUCAUAUCUCUGACUGUUUGGAUGAAUUGAGACCUGGAGAUCACAUUGAGAUCCAGUGGAGAAGAAACAAAGAGUUUCCUUAUGGUUGGUGGUAUGGUGUCAUUGGUCAUUUGGAACAAUGUCAAGGACAUGGGAACCAUUGCCAUUGUCACCACAAUGACAUGGUGAUUUUGGAGUUCACACAGUACACUGCUGGAUCCAGAUGGAGACAAGCUGUGAUAAAUAGGAAGCAUCAUAGAGAAAAAGGCAAUGAAAUAGAUGGUUUUUAUGGGGGAAUCAGGAAGUUGCAUAGCCAGGAAGAAAUUACAAGGUGGAAGAAUCUGUGGCCAACCAAAAUCGUGGAAUAGCUUGAUUCAUUUUAGAGCUUAGAAUUUUUGUAACUUAAGCAGAUACACUUCCUAAAAUGUGAAGGACUAGUUUGUCAAAGAACAAUGUCAUUCCUAACAACAGGUAUAAACUUCGAAAGAGUGCAUGAAUGAAUUUUCUGAGGCUGUGA